ACGAAAUGUUACGGAGAAGAAAGAAACUUGCUGGAUAAUACAUCUCUCGUAGUCAUAGGAAAUUAUUGUCCGAUGAAUUGCGAUUCUUCUGACAAGAUAAUCACGUGAUGGUCAAUUGUUCCGAAAAGAGAAUCGACAGAAUUCCCGAAGUUCUCGUCCCCAAUGCGAAGAUUGUCGAUUUGAGUAAUAAUUACAUAAACGACUUGUCAGAUGUCGAUUGCGUGACGUGGAGAAACGUCACCCAUCUGCGUCUGAGUAACAACUCAAUAAGUAACAUUUCGGAUUAUGUUAUUUUGCUAAACCUGAAAUGGCUGUGGUUGAACGGAAAUCGGUUAACCGAAUUACCUUCCGGAUUAAUGAACCUGAUCGACGUUUCUACGGGAUUUAAGAUUUACUUAUCGAAAAACAAUUUCAGUUGCAGUUCGCUUUUCCUGUUUACUAACGACUGGCUGCUUAAAAACAGGAAGAAGAUUGCAGAUUUCUCCGAUGUUUUCUGUGCGAGAAAUUCGUCUUUUCUGUCUUUCACCGAAGUUGUUUCUAAUGAUCGAUGCAAACAAAUUGCAGAAGAUAAUUUCACGUCGUCAGUAAAUGUUUCGUGUACAAAAUGCGUGUCUUCCGACGAAGUUAGUUGUAUUUUUGUAAAAUCGCAGUGGCUAUUCUUACUUCGCUAAUGUUAUUCAGUUGGAUUGUGUUUGCUUACUUUGUUUAUUGUUGCAGGAAAGGAAAUUUCGAGAAAGUUCCAAAGUCUGAUGGUGAAAAAUUAAUUUAUUACAAUGCUUAUAUAUGACAAAUUCUGUCAUUACGACAAUUCAAAUAUAUCUACUUUCAUUAACUUAAUCAAUACUUGCCAGAAAAUUGUUAUUAUCUUGCAUUUUUUUUCUAUAGAAAUGAAUUUUGCUUAUUUCAAAGAUGCUGGAAUAAAUGUUACUUUUAUAUGCAUUUAUAGUGAAUUUCGAUUAAGUAUUAUAAAAUGUGUAAUUAUUAGAUAAUAAAGCUGUAAUUCAAUCGCAAAGUCAAUACUGAAAUUCGACAAUUAAACAAUAAUUUAUAUACAGAAAGUAGGGAAAUGAAAGUAUCAAUUUAUAAUUCAAAAAAAUUAUUAUUGAAAUUUGUAUUCUCUGCAAGAGAUCGUUGAUAUUUCGAUGACAAUUAAUAUUUUUCAAUGGGGAAUCUCCCGCAAUUUGUUUCGAGAUUCAUAACAUAAAGAAGAAUUAUCUAUUUAUUUCCUUAAACGCAAACGGUCGAAAAAGUAAUUACCGAUAGGAACUAUAGUUAACAUUUAUGUAAAUAACCACAUCUACUACAAUUA